ACGAAAGCGGAUCUUGCGAUUCGCUUCUUGUAAUUAUCGGCGAACUUCCGAAAUCCUGUGCUUUUCGUUUUGUGGUCGACUUUGUGAUGGUUCUCUGGAACCUCAGGUUCUUCCCUGGUUUGCCUUUCAAGUAGCUGGACAUUUUCAACCUUUCGAAGAUUCAGAGUGCUGUGCUUUGUUGGCCGGUUUCGGUGGUAGUUUUUUUCGAAGAAAAUCGCCAAUCUGAUCAGUGAAAACGUUCGGGAAAAUGCUGAAAAACUGGCAUCGGAACGCAAGCGCGCGUUUAUCCACCUCGUUUCGAAAAUAAAUUCUAUGGCGGGAUUCAGUCGCGUUUUGCGUAUCGAAUUUAUCGGUUUGUGACUGCCAGCCCGUCAACUUGCGCUUCUUCUUUACGAAUCUCGACCGGAAAAUAUUAUGUUGUCGUGGUUCUUCAAGUUUUUCUCUUCGAGGUGUUUUUUGCGAUAAAGUCGCUCGGAUAUUUCGAGACGCAUGGCGGAUUUUAAGGCGGUCGGGGUGAUGGUAAAAACCAACUCGCCCACACUCUUUCUUCUGCUAUUGACCACAAGUACAGUACUUGCCUCAAUUUGCCCGAAACACCAGUACCUGAACGCUCAACAGCAACGUUGCAUGAAUUGUACAGAGUGUUCGCAAGGAACCAUCGUUUUACUGCCUUGCGAACUGCACAGAGACACUCAUUGUGGGCCGAUUAGUGAUUUAAGUGAACUGUUGGUGGAAAACAGUGGAAACCCUCAUCGACACCAUCAUGACAGGCAUCGACACGAAAAGCACCGAAAUAAAGAGGGAGAGCUGGUUUGGAGAUAUGGGGAAGAUGUACGUGGAGACGCACCCUCACCGGCGGCACUGGAAGUCGCCAGUUCAGAGGCGCCGUUCUCCAGCGCCGAGACGCUCGUCUGGGAUUGGCAGGCGAUUGCCCUGACUUCGGCUGUAUUCGCCUGCAUCCUGUUUUUUCUUGUGAUCACCCUGUACUCGUUGCACCAGGCCAGACAGUGGCGGCGCUUGAAAGAGAAUUUCGAAGCUGAUGUGGAGGAACUUUCAGCUCGUCUCUCCUUAAUGGCGGCUACAUCGACGGAGAAAUGCGAAUUUCUCGAAAGCGAGGGUACAGGGUUUGUGAUGGGUAGUUCAUCUGCAACCGACCAGAAUUAUCUCGACACCAGAUGUGUUUACUUGGAACAACUGCUCAGCGUGAGAAAAGAGGACGAGAAAAAUAGCAGCUCUAAGCCGAAAGGAAAUGUCUACAUCGAAGAAAAUAAAGCCCAAAACUAGGCAUUUUCCCAACCGUAUACCGUAACCAACGUAUAUCGUUUUAAAAAAACCUAGUGAUUGAGUAUCCCGAGUUAGAGGAAGAUCGAACGCGUCGUUUAGAAGAUUUUAAAUUUAUUAUCUUCUACUUGACACUCUUAAAGGCAAAAAAUACUAUUGAUUUGCACAAAGUAUUCAUUAGUAAAGUGUUAAAAUCCGUUGUAAAGUAAUACGCGAAGUUACGAAAUGCACGUAUUUCUGAUUUAUGUGUUGUAAUAUAAUCAGAUAAUAUUUGCUGUUGAAUGUUCUAUUGUUCCUUGACUUUAUUUUUAAGUGCUUAUGUUAAGAGGGGAUUUGGAGUUGAAGGUCCUUCAGGAAACUCUCGAGAGUAUGGGUUCUUUCAAUCAACCAACACAACUUGAUAAAAGUAAGGAUUUCUGAAUUAUUUUCAACUCUGUCAUCAGCCGAUGUUUCUCACAGGGAAACAAUAGAUCGGUUGGUGCUCCAACAUUUGUAAUUACGCGCAUAAUUUAUUGUCUCAAUAAUUAUUAUUGUAAAUAACUAUCUUCCAGUAGCUCUGAAAAGUGGCAUUACAAAUUGUAUAUUAAUUAAACUAAAUUUUAUUUAUUCUUAAAUAAAUGUGGCUGCUUAGCUAUUAGGGGCUCUCGUCCAAAUAUUUUCGCUAAUGUGCAAAGUACACCUUGAGUAGAAGCUAUUUAUUUUCUUAGACACUAACCGGCUAGUAUAUGUAUAUUUUGAUUUUUCCAUUUGUAAAAGUUACGACUAAGUCAGAGAAUGAUUACAUGCAAAGUUUAUUAUGAUUCUCCCAUUUUUGUAGAUAUGGCCUAGAUUAAUGCGGGCGUGAUAUGUAUUAGAUUAUUGCAUAAAUAUAUUGUCACACUGUCGUAAAACA